CUACCACUUCUUCGAGUCCGUUCCGAAAGUCCACACGCUCCUUUACCUGCUACCCUGGCAGUUGUCGCUCUCAUACGGGCUACAGCCAGACAAACGCGACCACUCAAAGCAUCACUGCGCUUCGAGCCGUUCCACCUCCCCUCGGCAGCGCUUCCCCGCGUGGACCCUGCCUCGGCCACAUAUACAUAGAUCACUCGCUCCCGCAUAUCCUCGCUCAGCCCUUUCGUUCUCGCUUGAAGUUAUCGAAGCUACAUGUCGACGGACCCGUACCACGCGGUGCAGCAGGAGAUCCAGUCGUCUCUGCAGACGGCGGCGACGCUCCGCGCGUCGUACCUCCGCAUCCGCAGCACGGCGCGGGAGGAUAGCGAAGAGCUCGUGUGGGCGCGGAAUGAGCUGAAGGCGACGCUUGCGGCUUUGGAAGCGGACUUGGAGGAUCUGGAGGAGAGUGUGAAUGUUGUCGAGAGUACGGGAGCACGACUGUUUGGUCUGGAGGAGACUGAGGUCAUCGAGCGGAGGCGGUACGUGAGCCAUGUACGGCAGGAAAUCGAGAACAUGCGCGCAGAGGUCGAGGGCGGUCGUCGGUCACGGCCUGCGUCCAUGCUUGGUGCUUCGGCUCGCGCUGUGGAGUCGGGCGCAGAACACGAGGAUAGCCAAGCGGAGUGGGCUCGACAGGAGCAACAGCUCAUGAUACGGCAGCAGGACGAGACCAUCGACACUAUUGCUGGGACAUUAAACACCAUCCACGAGCAAGCUGGUUUGAUGGGACGCGAGAUCGUCGAACACAAUGAAAUGCUCGAGGAUAUUGAGCGGGGUGUCGACCGGUCGGAGGCGAAGCUCGGCUCAGCCAUGAACAGGAUGCGCAAGUUCAUCCGCCAGACAGAGGAAACAAAGUCUGGCUGGUGUAUCAUUUUCCUGAUAAUCGUCCUUUUGGCGUUGCUACUCGCUGUGAUUUUGGUAUGAUCGGUGACAGGUAUUGGUAUUGCAUCUAUUAUUGUACUCCUUGCAUAUUCUCUCUGGGACACUCGUUUGGGACACUUUCUAUAUGUACGAUCCCUAACACUGAUUAUAGCAUGUGGCGGAAUGGUUAAUCUACGCUAGUUUGUGUUGUCAGCCCACGUGGCUACGAGACAGCAAAUUGUUUGGCCGUUGUUUGUCCAACCGGCAGCCUCCGCCGUGAAGGUCCUCGGCCGGUCGACGUUGGCUUUCUUCCUUACGCUCGGUCGUGCUGGUCGACGACGACGACAGCCGCCAUCCCUGUCCGCCUUUGCAAGUGAUACCUAGCACAGUUUCUACUUU